AAUGAAGAUUGAACUAUACACUAAGGACAAUUCUUUUGUUGGGACAUGUGAUAAUGAUGAAGCUCGCCUUGGAUCUUAUGUACUGCAUGAUGGAAUGCGUCUUCAUGUAGUCGAUACAUUUGCACACAGAAAAGAAUUUGAAGAUCUUUCAAAAGUAAAAAAGUUUGAUUUGUCUGUUGAAGAAUAUUCAGAACGAACAGAUACAGUAAAAUCAUUUCUUGAACGUAACAAACUAGGCAAAUACAAUGCUGAAGAAAUGAAGCAGAGAGAAGAAGAAAGAAAGAAGGAAGAGGAAGCUGAUGAAGUUGCUGCUAAGGCUGCUAAAUUGGGUAAUCGCUGUGAGGUGAGAGUGCCAGGUCAGCCAGUUAGGAGGGGUACUGUCAUGUUUAUAGGUAAAGUAGAUUUCAAGCAGGGUUGGUGGAUUGGUGUCAGAUAUGAUGAACCCUUGGGGAAAAAUAAUGGCAUAGUAAAUGGGAUAAAGUACUUUGAAUGUCAGCCAAAGUAUGGUGGAUUUGUAAAGCCAAUUCAUGUUAUUGUUGGUGACUUUCCUGAAGAGACAUUGGAUUUUGAUGAAGAGAUCUGAAGAAAUAGCAAAUGGAUCAUGAAUUCUAAUAUCAGUAUAUGCAGAAACAGGAGACUGUUGCAGUUGACAACACUUUGCUUAUUUACUGAAGAUUUGUGUUUGGUUUCAACACAACCUUUAUUUGCUGUUUUGAUAUUAUAAUUGAAGUUUGUUAAUUUGUCUUUUGUAUAAUCCCUUCAUAAUUACAUGACUGAUAUUUAGAUUUAAUUUUCCAUUUAUUUUUAAUACUAAAAUUGCAGAUGAAAAAGCAUUUCAAAUUAUUUAUUAAUAAAAUGUUUAUAUUGGCACAUGAAUAAUGUAAGUCAUUUGAAGCCAUAUUUUGUGAUGCCAGUUUAUUUCUCAGUACUUCCUUCUCUUGAGAAUCUCUGGCCGCCAGUGAAUUGGAUGUGUCUCUUCCGUCUGAAAAGAAACAUUUUAAUGAUCGGUACUUUCAACAUAUUUCUGUAACUUUAUCAACUAUUAUUACAUUUUCUUUACUUAUACUUGUAUAAUGCAACAAUUUCCAAAUACCUAGUAAUGCUUCAUUCAACUGCAGUAUAUCACAGGACAUGCAGCCCAUGUACAUAGUCUUUAAACUGCUCCAUUUUGUGAUUUUCACAGAACCUUUCAAUUCAAUUUAUUAUGUUUGUCUGAGCAAGUGUUACUCCGAUAUCAGUUAAGUCAUUAAUACUUCAAAUCCUAUUUCAGAGUUGCAUAACAUAUACAUAGAUUUACAUUGUUUUUUCUCAGACACAACAACAUUCCUGUCUACACUUUUUAUUCAGUAUCCAAUGCUAUGUGAUUUGUUUAUUUAACAAUUGUAUGUAAAUAAAAAGAAUUAUACAACACUGAA